AUGGAAGCCAUUUCUUUACUAGUAAUGACCCUUUCCUGUUCAUUACUCAUUUGCAAUCUUUGUGGGAAUGUUCUCGUGAUGUUAGUUAUUUGUAAAAACAAGAAACAAAGCGUGAAUGCCAAUGCCUUUCUUCUUUCCAGCCUCGCCUGCUCAGAUUUGGAGCUAGCUAUCGUGAUUUUCUUCUACACAAUUUUCCUUACUUACAGGGUAACACAGGGGAAUUUUCCGGAUUUUAUUUUCCACGCUUUGAUUUCUGUCUACACGUUAGUUGCAUUGGCUGUGGAAAGAUAUUACGCUAUUUUGAAGCCCUUCGUGCACUUGACACGAAUGGUGAAAUCUCUUGUGAAGAAAGUUGUUUUUGCUGUUUGGAUCUUUGCUGCUUUUAUGAGCAGCCCAGGAUAUGUGUUUGAGACACGUCUCGGUGUUAACAAGGGACAGAACGUCACAACAUUAAAUGAAACAAGGGAGACAGCGACUUGGUUCGAAACCCUUCGCACGGUUUAUGCAUCUCUUGUUCUCUUAUUUGGCCUUAUUCUACCAGCUACCAUCAUGGUUUUCUGUUAUUCACGUGUUAUUAAUCAUGUCUGGUUCAACACGGAUGCCACCAAACUUACAAAUACUGCUUUAUUAUUAUCACGACGCAAAUUAACAAAACUUUUCAUUAUAGUAACUGUGGUUUUCAUCAUAACUUGGACUCCGACUUUUGUAAGGAAUAUCGUAACAUCGUAUAUCGACCUGAAAUCAGCCUGGAUAUACGACUUAUCUUCCAUGUUCCUUGGAUUAUUAGGUUCCACUGCGAAUCCUGUAAUUUACUCGUUACGUUGUCCUAAAUUCCGCCAAGAAGUUACCAAAAUUCUAGCUUGCCGUUUCUGUAAAAGGAAUCGUCAACCAAACGUUGCCUUUUUGCAAUUAUUAUUAUUAUUAUUAUUAAUAUUAUUAUUAUUAUCACCGUCAUUAUUAUUAUUAUUUUGAUGCUUUUUUAAGAAUUUGUGUUCAUUUAUUUAAAAGCUAUAUGCGCAACCUUGCUCAUGUCAAGCUACUCUCACAAGGCACCUAGCCUACGAAAACAGCCGUUUUUCCUUGCUCCCCCCGCUUGGGACAUUUCGCAAGGAGAGACGUCGACGUCUGCGCCUCAGUGACAGUAAUUCCAUAUUGAUGACGUAAAAUCUGUCCGGAAUCUGGUCAGGAGCUCUGAUUUGUCGACUUAGUAGUCAUAUUGUUUUAACUAUUGUUUACGAACGACAGAAAAGACCACAAAGGUCAAAUGUAAACGCGAUGAAUCUAUAACAAAGAGCCAAUAUUCAGCGUGGAAUAUAUUCUUCUCUUGAAGAAGCAUUUGAGACUUGCUGGAGCUCGUUAGCAGGUGAACACAAAACUUCGCCAAAAUCGACCAGAAGAAACAUAAAAUCGAACAAAUUUGCAAUUGGAGCAAUAUGACUACCGGAUUAAUUAUGCAAACACAAAUUUACGUCAUUAGUAUGGAAUUUUUGUCGCUGAGACGCAGACGUCUCUCCUGGCGAAACGAAGUGGCUAGGAGCAAGGAGAAACGGCUGUUUUCGCAGGUCACACGGCACCGCACGAAUUUUCGACCCGUUGAAAGUUCGUGCGUUUCAGUGUUUCGUUCACACCACCUUAACUGUGAAAUUUUAAUAGACGUACGCGUCUAGCCGUUCAAAAUUCUGUGUGAACAUAGCGAAAAUAUUGAACGGCUUCGUGUGAACGAAGUGGCCGGUGAAAUUUUUCAGCAGAUCGAAAAAUGGUCCGGUACCUUUGUAAACGUAGUGAUAAAACUUUAGCUAGUAUAGCUUUUUAGCUUGUAUACGUUGUCUUCUCAUUUCAUACCACGUGAUGUUACCCGAGAGAAAGGUAUCUUUUUUAAUCACGUUUUGUCAACGUGCAUAAUUAUGUAUGCAUAAUUUAUGUGAAGUUAAAAGGCAAAUUCCCUUGAGAACAUUACGUGGUCUGAAUUGAAAAAAAGAAGCUCAAAGCUCUAUUUCGAAGCACUUUGUGCUGUUUCAAUGGUUAUUUCCACCUCGGAGCUCCUCCCCCCGGCGGGGAGGUACUUGAGUUAAUUUUUGCUGGGUAUGUGCCGCUGGCCUCUCAGAGCCCCUACUCCGUUACAGUCUAUUCCGUGGCCAAAUGUAAACCCCAUCUUAGUCACUUUUGGGCAAAUAUGUAAUUUUCGCGAUCUCAGCUUAGUCACUUUCUAUUUUUAUGAAUUGACCCAUUUUUUAGAUUUAAUGAAGAACACGUUACUUUUCAUCUACAUUACAAACAUCAAAAAUCCAUUGUAGUAACUCUAUUGAAAAUGCGACCCCAUUAUAGUCAAUCCAAUCGUGAAAAUGCCACCCCAUUCAGUGGCACAUCCCCAUUAGCCUCUUAUAACUAAAGAAAGUACCUCCAAACCCCCCACCCCCUCCCCACCCCAUCCCGCUCGGGCUCCGUGCAAAGGAAUUUCAACCUGGUUUAAUCAACUGUAAUGCUCAUUGAACGUUGAUUUCUUGUUCUUGAGUGCUUCCUUUAUAAAUUAUUAAUGUUUUGAAACUCUCUCUGUAAGUCUCUGUAAGUCACAGCAGUAGAUAAUAGAGUGAAACCAGUUUCCUAAAGAGGGAAAGGAACGCAUUUUAUAUUCAAACUAAAAAUAUUGUACGCAAAAUCUUUCGGAGGACAGAAGUCAAUGAAGCGUCAUAAAAGGAAUAAAAUCAUGAUCUAGAUGCAGAAUACAUUAGCAUCAAGAGAGGAUAGGCUUUAUCCUCUCUUGAUAGCAUUUAACGUUUCCGUCUAUGUCUUCGUAUACCCUCGGUUGAUACCAGUUGUUUUUAGAUAGCUUGCUAUUUAUAUGAAAAUACGUGCAGUCACUAAUCCCUGAAAUUAAUUUCAACUCAAUUAACUGAACUUCAUAUUGUCUUAGGUGGAAAUAGGCCAUUUCCGAGUAUUUUGCCUCAAGCUUCGCUAAGUGCGAAAAUAUUGAUGUGACAAUGUUUUUUUAUUCUCAUGCAAAUACAAUUCAUUUUUACAAGAACGGAUGUAAAGUUAGCCUCGUUUUGAAAGUGAAAGGUUUCAGAACUCGGAAAUGGCCUAUUCAAAUGAUGGUAAUGACGCUACCCUCGACUACUAUUAUUGAAGUCAAAUAAUACUAUCUUUAUCAUUUAUCUCGCUCCUUUUUUUUUUUUAUUCGUUCUCUCUUUUUCGUUGUCUUUUUUUAAAACUUUAUAUCGCAAUGAUCCUCUUCAAUGACGACUAAAGGUUCCCUAGUCUUGCUCACAGUGUCUCCUAGUACAGUGGGUUCCAUAGCAAAUCUUAUAACUACAAUUUAAAUAUGUUUUAAAAUAUUCCUUCUUAAGAACUUCCAGCUUCAUUAAUAAACAUCGUUUCAUUGUUUUAGAUAUUUUUUAAUUAAAACCUAGGCAAAUUAGUAUUUUGAUCGGGUUUGGGUAAUUAUAAGUAAAUCAAAGUGUUGACGAGAGAUGUCCUUUAGCUACGUAGGCAAAUUUCUUCAGAAAAAUGGAAGCCAUUUCUUUACUAGUAAUGACCCUUUCCUGUUCAUUACUCAUUUGCAAUCUUUGUGGGAAUGUUCUCGUGAUGUUAGUUAUUUGUAA